AUGCUGGAGCGAUGGGCGCGCUGCGUCAAGUGCCGCCGCUCGCGCAAGCUCAUGAACUUCACCGCGCACUGCCUCCGCGCGCCUGCGCUGCACGACAAGUAUAGGGUCCAUAACAUACUGCAGGUUGUCCUCAUCGUUCCUCCUGAAACACCAAAAACUUCUGAGAUCAUCAACGUUCUCGCCAAGAAUGCCAUCCAGAGAGGUCGAGAGGUUGGCUUCCCGCUCAUCAGAUUUGAUGUAUCAAACGACCUUGUUGCCAAAUCACUGGAAGAAUUAAAUCUGAAGAAGGAGUGGCAUCUGUCCUAUGAAAUAGUUCCACAUGCAAUGAAAGAAAGAGACUUCCCAGCUGUUCCAGAAAACAAAUCAGAAACACAAGCGCCUCAAACGUCAAAUUCACCAAAAGAAUCGCGAAACGAAACCAAAAACAAACGCGUCAAUGGAAACUACAUAGCUGUUUAUACUGCCUUUUCUGACUCGGCUAAAGAAAAUACCCUACCAUCAGGAUGAAAAAAAUUAAUCCAUUCGAAUCUUUGAAAACAUAAUAUCUACUGAACCACGCACCUUUUAUAAUUUGACGACUUAGUGACGGUUGCUAAUAAAAUAAAUUAUGUGGCAGAAGUCUU